AUGACAGGGUUCCCAUCCUCGGCGUCCUUCAAGCCGACGGACGUGCAGAGCGGUAUCACUCUCGCCCCACUAGCCAAGUGGCUGUCGGGCAUCACGUCGGCGGUCGACCUCAACAAACUCCAAGAGCUCCUCGAGCGGUUUCGCACGCCCCAGAGCUACCACCGCGUCGACUUUCGCGUGACCGACUCGUCCGAACUGCCGCCAAGUCCGAGUGAAGCGUACGCUGCUAUUCCCGACGAUUUGGAGCCGCCCAUCGAGCUCGACGAGUCGCCUCCACCCGACGGCCCGAAGGAAGACGCGCGGGAUUCUGACGGUGCCGGCGCUGCAGCUGCACCAAAUGGCGCUGUGGAGGAAGACAAGGUGGAUGGCGCAAAAGCGUCGACGCUCAAGGAAGGCGCCGAGGUGAAUGAGCCAGACGCGUCAAAGGAGGAAGGCGCGACAGUGGCUGCCGACGCGCCGAAACCCCUCCACUACAAGAAGCACCUAUCGACUCUGAGCCAUCACAACCUUCCUCCAUCCUUCCACCCCCACAUUCUGCCAUUCUCGCACUCGCAGACUACCCCUCCCCCAUAA